UUCGGAAUUACGGAAGAGAUUUGUGUACAUUUUUGAGUGUUUGCAACAAGUAAGUGAAGCAUUGGGUUCAAGGCAUGCAGAUUUACUCUCGAUAAAGAUUAAUAGCUGCUACUGACUACAAAACAAAAAAUAUAAGGACAGUCUGCAAUUUGACUGCUUUCACAUAAAAAUCAUCAUGUCUAACAUGCCACCAAUUCGCCGGACAAUUAAAAAUGUUGUCCGGAAUUACUCUGAAGCUCAAGUUAAAGUGCGUGAAGCAACUUCAAAUGAUCCAUGGGGUCCAUCUAGUACACUGAUGGGAGAGAUUGCAGACUUAACAUACAAUGUUGUUGCAUUUACUGAAGUCAUGCAGAUGAUCUGGAAGAGAUUGAAUGAUCAUGGUAAAAACUGGCGCCAUGUGUAUAAAGCCUUGGUAUUACUGGAUUACAUAAUUAAGACUGGCAGUGAAAAGGUUGCUCAGCAAUGUAAGGAAAAUAUAUAUGCUAUUCAAACACUGAAAGAUUUUCAACACAAGGAGGAUAAUAGAGAUCAAGGCAUGAAUGUGCGAGAAAAGGCAAAACAGCUUGUGGCUCUGUUGAAGGAUGAUGAGAGACUAAGAAAUGAAAGAGCAAAAGCACUCAAGGCAAAAGAAAGAUUUGCACAAAGUGCCAUGGGAAUAGGAAGUGACAAUAAGAUAAAGUAUGGUGCUGGGAGUCCAAGCCUUGAGACCAGCUCUGGAGGGUAUGCUGAUCCAUAUGGAGGUGCUACAGGCGAUGCACUUAGUGGUGGAGGCAGUGAAACUUCAUCUCCUACAGAGGGUGGCGGGAGACGUUUGUCUACAGAUGUUGAGUAUGCACGGCCUUCCUCUGUUGGGGAGGAGGAGAUUCAGCUACAACUUGCUCUGGCCAUGAGCAAAGAAGAACAUGAUGAAAAUGUCCGCAAACAAAAGUCAGAUGAUAUCAAACUUCAAAUGGCCAUAGACGAGAGUAGGAAACAAGCUGUGGAAGAAGAAAGGAAGAAGGAGACAAGUAAAAAGGUUGAUCAACCGAAGCAGGUGAAGGCUCAACCGGCAGAUCCCUGGGGAGUUCCUGCUCAACCAGCACCAACGGACCCUUGGGGAAGCCCAUUACCAGGACCACCAGGCCAGUCCCCCAGGACACAGCCACCACCACCCACUUCAGCUGCAGCUGAUCCCUGGGGAUCGCCUGCCAAAGUUCCAGCUCCUACAAGUAACACUGAUCCUUGGGGAGCUCCAGUGAAUGUCAGUCCUGUGCCACCCCCAUAUCCCACAGCUACCAGCACUGAUCCUUGGGGAACAUCAAGUGGUACAUCCAAUCAGAGUUCUCCAUGGGGAUCCCCAGCUCCUCCACAGCAAGCUGUGGCAGACACACCAUUUGAUUCCAACUUUACAGCAUCUGGAGGUCCAUCACAAGUCACAAAUGGAUCAGGUGUGGAUGAUGGAUUUGAUCUUAUUGGCACCAGAAGUACAGGAAGUUCUCCAGCUAAAACUAAUAGAGAGUUAGAGGCAUUUGAUCCUUUAGGAGAACCAAAGAAGGAGGAUACAUGGAACAUGGGUGGCAUGAGUGAUGGACUGACCAAUGUCCAGCAACAACAACAAAAACACAGAAAGACUCCACAGGAGUUCUUAGGGGACAAUGCCAGCCUAGUUAAUCUGGACCAGCUUGUUGCUACAGAAAACACUCAAGCUAAAAACCCAUUUGCUGCUAAAACUACCAAUCCUUUUGAACUUCAACAGCAGCAACAACAACAGAUGACAAGAAUGACACUAAAUCAGAUUCAGACUAAUACAUACAACUCCGGAUUCUCACAGCCAAGCUCUUCAAGCUUACUACCAAACCCUCUUGUUCCACUCAAUAAUGGCUCUAUGCAAUCGCAGAACCCCUUCUUAUGAAAAUGUGAUACAUUAAGAUUAAUAUAUUGAUAAACUUGUAAUUAUUAUAAAUAUAUAUAUACAUGAUUGAGUUGUCUGUAUAUUGUCGUAUCCCAUACCACAUGGAGUACACCACGAUGUGAUGAAUCAGACGCCACAUCUUUACCUGUAAAUUAGAUAAGGAAUAUGUUUCAUGCUUUUUGUGAUGAAUUGUGGAAUGAAGGUGAUAUUUGCCCAGCCUGUUUUGAAACGGAAAUGUGUUUUUCUUGUUUUAUUGGAGGUGAACCGGAAUUUCCACCCAUGAAAAUUAGCUAAAGACAUGAUUUUAAUCAUGUGUUAAAAUGGAUCAAGUUACUCAUUGCAAACAUAUUUCUUCUUUAAAAAAACGUCAGCUUUGAGAAGAAAGACAUAUGUGUGUGGCAUACUCUAUUGUGUAUUUCUGUAAGGAUGGUUUCAUUUGUGAUCAAGAUUAAUAUGGUGUUGAGGAAUAACCUUUUGAAGUGCUAUGUAAAAACAAGAAUAAUAGACUUAUCAGACUUACAAGGUAUUUAUUUAUUUGUUAUUUUCUGUUUGUGUGUUGUAGUUUGUGCUCAUAUAUUUGACAAUGUACACCAUCAUCUGAUUAUGUGAACUGUAAUUGAAAGUGUAACACAGGUAAGAUAGAUUUGGUAUGUGAUCAAGCUAGAGAGCCGUAUUUGAAGACCAAUCUAGUCCAUAUGUCCACACAAAAAUGAGAGCAAGCGUAUUUCAUGAUAACAUUUUGGUAUAUUUUACCUCAUUAGUUGGAGCCAGUAACAUUUGUUGAGAAUAAAAAUUUAAAUUGGAACAAAAGUAUUUCAGGGUAUCCUAUAAUGAUUUUUUUUCAUGACCUGGUAAUGUAUUCCAUUUCAACAUAGUCAAGUCCUGUCACUGUAUAUAAUGUGACGCAUCAUGUUGCGUUGACAAUUUACUCUGUAAUAUUAGUAAAAGAUUCACAGUACGUAAUUUGUAUCAUUUUGAUACUGUAUGGGCACUGGUCUACAGGUAAGUGGUAUGACACAUCUUUCAAUUACUAAAUACUAAUGAUCAUCAUAUUUGUGUAAGUUUAGUUAAAUUUUAGAGCUCAAUGUACAAAACAGGCUGGGCCAAAUUAAACAAAUAAGGAGAGACUUUCAGAAAAUCUAAUGAUGAUAUUCAAUCUGUUAUAUAGAUGUAGUAUAACCAGAAGUGUAAACUGCUUAAAUGGUUGGUUGUAUUUUUUUUUUCUUGAACUCUGUAUACAUAUAAUAUUCAUAGGUGUAUUUAUAACAUACUGUGUCGUUUCAUUUAAUUUGUCAUAUGAAUGUAUAUUGUUGACUGGUCAUGGUAAAUGUGUGAAUUGACUUAUUACAUUGGAAUUUAAUGUGAGUAUAUGUUUGCUUACUUUCAAAUUGGAAUCAACCACUUCCUGUCUACAAGUAUGUAUGCCAGGACUCGUUUUCUGUAGAUUACAUGAGUAAAUUCAUAUCUGAAGAGUUUUUCGGAAUUAAAAGGAAAAACUUAGUUCCUAAGUAUACUAUAAUUAUCAAGCUAUAAGCCUAUGUCUGGUAAUAAGUCCACCCAUAUCUAUCGCUGUACAAGAAAAGUACAAACCAAUACUAUUUCACUGUCCUGUAAUAAGCCCAUGUCUGGUAAUAAGCCCACCCAUAUCUGUUGCUGUACAAGAAAAGUACAAACCAAUACUACUUCACUGUCCUGUAAUAAGCCCAUGUCUGGUAAUAAGCCCACCCAUAUCUAUUGCUGUACAAGAAAAAUACAAACCAAUACUAUUUCAUUGUCCUGUAAUAAGCCCAUGUCUGGAAAUAAGCCCACCCAUAUCUAUUGCUGUACAAGAAAAUUAUAAACCAAUACUAUUUCACUGUCCUCUAAUAAGCCCAUUCCCUGACUUUGAUAUGUUGUAUCAAGGACUUAUUGUAGGAUAAAUAUGGUGGUAUUUUGUAAAGUUCUUAAGACCUAAAUGAUUAGAUUCUGAAUUAUUUGUGUGAUGCACUCUUCAGUCCUGUCAGUUAAGGAAUGAGCUGUAUUGAGAUGAAUUGUGGUUGUGCUUGAAAAGUGAUGAUAAAUUAUGACUGAAAAUUAUGUUAACCUUCGGAAUUAAGUACUAGUGGUUUUGGAGGGGAUGGGGAGGGGGCAGUGUUGGAAUUGUAGGGUAUCAAACUCUGUUCUCGUUUACAACCGUUGACUGUAUGUAAUACUAUACAGUAAUGUAAUACUUGUAGUUGCCGACUGUGAUUCUAUAGUGUAUUAUGUCUUUGGGACACUUCCACAAAAUAAGCGAGGGAAAACAAGUCACAUGAUGAAGAUAUUCAGAGCUGAUCAAAAAAGUCUGUUUUUUAUUUAGAUAUUCAGAACAGAUAUACAUGUAUAUUAAUAGAAUGAUGUGAUGUUCAUGAUGACUGUAAUUGACUUUGGUCUGAAGAUUGAUUAAUGAACUGUUUCUUGUUGUGCCAAAUGCUUUUUGACUUUUUAAGUCUUGCAUGGAUAUGACCAAAUAUCCGAGAUAUAAGUCAACUGUUUGGAAAACUUUGUGUUUGAUUUGAAAAGGUGUUGGAAUCAUAUAGGCGAAGUUAUGCUUACUUAGAGAUAUACUCUUUUCAGAGUGUAAAGUGAAAGGAGCGGACAUAAGUUUUUUCCAGUCUGUUUGUGGAGCAGUUUUCUGAAAUAGUAUUUCAUGUACUUCUCUCUUUUUUCAAACAAUUACAAAAUUCCUGCUUCUAAAUAAGUUCCGUCCUCUCUGAUGCAAAUGAGCAUGAAUGGUCCAGAGUUUUUAGCAUUUUUUAGAAAAUUAAAAAAAAAAUUAAUCCAACUGUAAAUGUGCCAUUGAUAUCCCUUUUCAUCUUAGUCGAUUCAGUAAUGUGACUGUGUGUGCUCUAUAGAUAUUUUGUUAUAGUUUUAUAUGUUCCCCCCCCCUUGAAUUUGUUUUGUGGGAAAAUUACCAUAUUUCUUGUAUGUUCAUCUUAGGUGAAGAUCACUUUAAUUAAAAGAUGCAACCAAACUUUUCAAACAAAAAUCUGAUUAUCUUUUAAUUAGAUUUAAAAUGAAUUUGUGCUAUGUGUUGUGUACCCUACAUGUAACAAAGGGAUAUAUAUGAUAACAUGGUCGGUAGUAUUUAUAUAGAUCUGAUGAUUUUCACUGACAGCUGGUGUUGCACGGUAAACGUUUUAAGAUCUGAUAGUAAUUUCAUUGUUAUACUUUGUUGUUUGAGGUCUUAUCUUGUCACAUCAACUUAAUCUUAACCUGUUGUAUUUUUUUGUUAAGACAUCACUGUAACAAGCAGUUUUCAUUUUAGUUGGCCAAUGCAAUUCACAGUAAAUGAUCAAACAGUUCACAGAGCUAUCACAAUCUAUCCAUUAAUAUAUUACCAAUGUACUUGUUUAGUUAAGAAGAUGCCUCAAUAAUGUCUUUGAUAUGAUCAUGAAAUAUGAUUUGUCCCGGUUAAGAAAAUGGAAAUUGUCACAGCAAGGUGUUACCUUGCUGUUUGGAAAUUUUCAGCAGAGUUCUCUACUAUUAAUGUGUAUGGACGUGGAGAUCUUGUUUGAGAAUCUGUACUCCUGUGUUUAGGGGUGAAUUUAGAUAAACCAUGUGACCGACAGAAUUAACUGUUGAGGUCAGGUUAAAAACUCUUACAGAAUUGGCUCACACAGAUUAACAUUUUCAGCCCUGUACUAGAUCACAAUGUGUUUUACCCUACAAUUGUACAUGUAUUUUUUUGAUGAUGUAUUUUUCAUGUGUUAAUGUUUGCAAUAAUAGGUCUGUACACGGCCGUAAAACCUGUCUUAACUGGCACCUGUCCAUUCUGAUUGGUUUCAGUGUGAUGCAACAUCCACCUGUGUGAUACCACACCCUAGUGAAUUCCUUGAAUCCUAUUUGUCAGAUGAGACAGGUUUUUAACAAUUUACCUCUAAUAUUAAUUUGUCAUGUUUUAUACGUAUAGGUCAUGUCCUUGUAACUUGGUAAUAGUGAUUUCUUUGUCGUUAUCUCACAUCUGUAUUAUAUACUUCAUACCACAGUCUAUACAUGCUGUAUAGCCUGUGAGAACAUUCAUAUUAUAAUUAAAUCAUUCAAACAUUAAGUAUGGAAUUAAAAAUCUCAAGUUAUACCUGUAGCUAUUGCUGUUAUCACUGUUCAAUUGAAUAGCUAAAUGUAGUCUGUAAAUCUUCCUUUAACCAGCCCUUGUCUGUUUCCAGUAUUACUCUAGAACACUAGUAACUUUAUCAUAAAUGAUGCUCCUACAGAAAAUGUCACUGUCCGUCUAUUUGUUUUAACUCAAGAACCAAUCCUGGACAAUAUUCCUUGUUCCAGACAGACGUUGGUUUUUACACUGAAAGUAUUUUGGAAAAGAAAAUCUCUCUACUGAGUGUUGCUUUGAAAAUAAUGCCUUAGGUCUAGUGAGAUAUAUUUUAUAACUAUGAAAUUUGAUUUGCAAACUUGCAAUGUUAUCAGAUAUGACUUGAUAAUUAGUCAUUAAAUAUCUAUGAAAACAG